AUGAGAUGGACUCUGAUUUUGCUGGCUUUUACCCAAAUAUCCGUUUUUGGAAACGGCAUGGACGGAUGCUCAAACUCAAAGGAAGACAGCACAAGCAAAAAGGAGCAAAUGGAAUGUGGCUGUGAUAAACUCAAACGAGACAAAAGAGAGGACGAAAAGAAAUUCGUGAAAUAUAGCAAAAAAGCAAAUGUUGAUCAAGACAUACAAAAAGCAUCCAGAGAAAAGGAUCUCCUAGGGCAACGCACCAAUCAGAUGGUCCGAAUAGAGGGAGGGGAAUUUACUAUGGGGACCAAUAAGCCCUAUAUUGUCGUGGAUGGGGAAGGCCCUGCACGUAAGGUCCGUUUGAGGCCCUUCUAUAUGGAUAUUUAUGAAGUUAGUAAUAGAGAGUUUGAGCUGUUUGUUAAUGCAACUGGCCAUAAGACAGAGGCAGAGGUUUUUGGUGACUCAUUUGUUCUUGGUUCAAGAGUCAGCAAAGAAAUUGAGAAGGAUAUUCACCAAGCUGUCGCUGCAGCACCCUGGUGGUUGCCAGUAAAAGGUGCAUACUGGAGAAGACCUGAAGGGCCAGACACUGAUAUCAGGGAAAGGAUGAACCAUCCUGUCCUUCACAUUUCAUGGAAUGAUGCUGUUGCAUUCUGCAAAUGGUCUGGCAAGAGGCUCCCAACAGAAGCGGAGUUUGAAUAUGCACUUAAAGGGGGCUCUGAUGACACGCUAUACCCAUGGGGGAACGAAUUGCUGGUGAAUGGUAAACACAUGGCAAAUCUAUGGCAAGGCCGCUUUCCAGUGGAAAACACGGCAGAGGAUGGUUACGAGGGCACUUGCCCUGUGACUGCAUUUCCUCAAAAUGGCUAUGGCUUGUAUAACAUUAUAGGGAAUGCCUGGGAGUGGACAUCAGACUGGUGGAACGUAAGGCAUACUUCAGACUUCCAGGACAACCCUACCGGGCCAACAACUGGAAAAGACAAAGUGAAGCGAGGUGGAUCUUAUAUGUGCCACGAGUCCUAUUGUUAUCGGUAUCGCAGCGCGGCUAGAAGUCAGAACUCCCCCGACACCACUGCUUCUAACUUGGGUUUCCGCUGUGCGAGUGACUCGCCACCACCUGGUGUGACGAUCAUCAAGAAAACAUAAGGACGGCAUCCCUAAUGAUCUCCUCCCUGCAGUUAUACGCUUAUGGGCGGGGCCGACAUUUGUGAUGAUCGUCUUUCAAAGAAAUGACAAUGCCGUCAGUUUUGGUAAAAAAGAGACUUUAGAAUAGAAUACCAAAAUAAACUAUAUUGUAAAGAUAAGACAAAAUUUUUUUCUUUCACGAAAAGCCCACAAAUUCCAACAAUGUAUGUGCCGAUUGCGCUACAUAGGUUUCAUUUAGGCUAUUACCAGCGCGUGUCGAAUCGAGACAUAAAACGCAAGCAAGGAAUUUUGCGCAGUGCAAGCCGUGUUAAUAUGGCUAGCGUGAAGCAACAAAGCGUCGUAGUUUUAUUAGCACGGGAACAAAAUUGGAGACAUGGUAUCGCUUUCCUUUAGGUGUACCGCACCUGCAGGUGAUAUCCAAAUAACACAACUCUAUUGGCGGACAUUCCAGAUAUUACAUUUUUGGAUAAUAAACCUUUGAAAAUACUACUGAAGAGAGGUGUCAUCCAUAAAAGGCACGUUGAAGUAUAUUGUAGUCUACUGUAUGCGGUCUUCGCAUAUAGAACAUGGGGAAAGGUGCGCAUGAAUUAGAAGAAUAAAAUAGCCCCUAAAGAGAUGGUGGAGGUAGAUGGGAUGAAGAGUGAGGGCAAACAAAUUUUGCUUUUGCUGCUUUAAAAAUAUUUCAAAUAAAUCCAAUAAUUAUUAUAGGUAGUUAAUUUUAAUAUAUUUUUUUAUCAAAUUCGUUUUUAUCACUUGGUAAAAGUUUGUAAAAACACCCGUUAAUACAUUUAUAUUCAUAGAUAAUGUCAUUAGGAUACUUGGCGUGACGUAUUAAAGUGCCUUUCUGUUAAUAUGAA